AUGACGUCGGAGAUAUUGGAACCGCGAGACGUCACGUUUCGAAACUACACUACCGACCAAGCUUCAGACUAUGCUGUGGGACGGCUCGGAUACACCGAUACUCUUAUAGACUUUGUCCUCAACUAUCACAGAUCUACCAAUGGUGCGACUGAAUGUGUAUUGGAUGUCGGAUGUGGGCCUGGGACAGAGACUCAGAAACUCGCGCCUCACUUCGAUCUAGCUUACGGCGUUGAUCCGGGGGAAAGCAUGAUCACAACAGCUACUAGUCUUGGUGGAAAAGCUCGCACUGGCGCCCCAAUCGUAUACAAGCUGAGCGCAGCAGAAGACAUUGACAAGAUGAAUAACAUUCCUCAUUCGUCUAUUGACAUGAUAACAGCUGCUACUGCAGCUCACUGGUUCGAUAUGCCGAAGUUCUGGGCUGCAGCAGCCAAAGUAUUGAAACCGGGAGGGACUGUCGCGAUAUGGACUGUUUUUAGACAGCCAGGCUCAUUCAACAACAACACCGAACUUCAAUGCAUCUUCGCCGAGUUUCUGGAUGCUCUUGCCCCUUACUCAAGGGCCGGUACCCAUCUCACUCAAAGUGGUUAUGUCGAUCUGCCGAUGCCCUGGGAUGAUCCGGAGACUUCCAAGCUUUACGAUCAGCAAUCAUCUGUCCGCCAUGUACUCACCGCUGAAGACGGCUUCAUCCCUGAUGCAGGCAGUAAGGAAAGCAGCAAGAGUACCAGUGAUGAACCUGUGGAUCGACAAAUCCAAAAGAUAGAGAAAUUAGUAGGAACAUUUGGUUCAGUGAGUCGUUGGCAGAAAGAGAAUCCCGAGCUCGUGGGGACAGAAGAAGAUCCCGCUCGUGUCCUGAUCAGUAAGGUUCGCAAGGUGUUGGAGGAAAGUGCAGAGCCAAUUGAGUUGUCGGCUUUGGCGGCCAAGAUGGCUGUUGCCUUGAUUCUGGUAAAGAGAAAGUGA